AUGCGCUCAAUCGCCCUCAUGGCGCUUGCUGCGCUAUCGUGUGCUACCGAGUCUGUCGCGACGGAAGCUCUACGACCUAGAUACUAUUUCCCACGUGAGGUCAACAGACGCCUCAACUCGACUUCCAGUGAGGAACCCAUUCCAGUUCUGAUUCCUGCGUCUACUUCCACCAGCACGGGAACCUCCGACGUCGUUGUUGUUCCUGUCUACGUUUACGUUGCUCCUGAUGGUACCACCAAAACAGUCACCGGAUCGGCUCAGCCAAGCACUCCUCUCGCUAUUACUACCUCUGCUGCAAGCCCAACCUCUGUCGCCGCUAAUGAUGUGACUUCGACCGCUUCUUCCUCGGUAGCUAGUACCACUUCUCAGUCUUCCACUUCGUCAGGUGGCCUGUUGGCUAGCCUGGGAAGCGAUGUGUCUGAUUUGGUAAGCUCCAGCACCAGCACUAGCACCAGCUCCAGUUCUACCUCCAGCACCAGUUCUACCUCCAGCUCCAGUUCUACCUCCAGCUCCAGCUCCAGCGCGACCUCAAGCAGCUCGGCGGUUACUACUGGCAGCUCCACUGUGACCAGCAGUUCUAGUUUUACCUCUGGAUCUGCGGUUUCUAGUUCCAGCUCGACCUCCAGCUCGACCUCUGAUCCCAAUUUGCUAUCAAGCCUUCUGGGAUCAAGUGGAAUUCUUGGAUUGUCCUCGAGCUCGUCUAAAGCGGCAGUCAUCUCGUCUAGCACUCUGACUGGAGUUACAGUUGGCUUGUCCAGUGUCUACUCAGCUUCCGCUGUCUCAACCGCUACUGGUAGUUCAUCUGCGGCUUCAUCUACAGCUUUAUCUGCGGCUUCAGCUUCAGGCACUAGCAGUGCUGGGCUUAUUCCAUCACUCUCACUGUUGAGUUCAAUCCUUCCCAUUCCUACCGCUUCGAGCUCGUCGAGCUCGAUCUCAGGAAGCAGCAGUGCCUCGUCAACGAAGUCCAGCUCUAGCAGCGGAUCUAUCUCUGUGUCAAUUCCCAUCUCAAUCCCAACUUCGUCGUCAUCAACUGCUGCUAUUCCAACUCUUAGCAGCCAUUCUGCGAUCCCUACCACCUCAGGCAGCACUUCGAAGCCCGCUAUUCCAAGCUUGAGCACCUCUUCCUCCAGUACCGCUCUUAUCUCUUCGUCGUCGUCCUUGGCAUCGACGAUACCAUCCUCCACAUCUCUUCCGGUUUCAUCUUCCACUGCGGUACCAUCUCGCACUCAAGUGACCAGCUCUUCUGUGACGAGCACCAGCGCCAGUGCCAGCGCAAGUACCAACGUCGGCGCCAGCACCAGCCUUAGCUCGGGAUCGUCUUAUUCAACCACCGCAGCAUCCACGGAAACGACACAGUACAUCCCACCACCAGUCCAGACUCCCACUGAGACAACUACUGGAUCGACUACCCAGGCAUCUAGUGUACCUACCGAACUUCCUCAGGCCAUCUCUCCUCCUGGUGGUACUCCAUCAGUUCCUGAGAACUCCACAUUGGUUCAGUUUGGUUUCAACAAGUAUCUUUCUUGGGAGACUGUCGCCACAUCGGAGAACUGGUCUGAUCAAAUCUACUACUACACUCCUAUUGGUGUUGCUUAUGCUCUCGCCGAUAGCGAAAGCGACGUUGUCAAUUAUUGGCUUGGUUCGUACGAUACAAUGAAGAGCCUUGGCUACGAUACGACCAUCAUCAAAUUCUAUAUUCCUAGUGACCAGGUCGACACACUGAAUGCGCAGCGAUUGCUUCCGUCAUCUGAUCUCUAUAAACAGCCAAACACGCCAAAUGAUGCACCCACCUAUGACCAGGAAUCAGCCAUCAAUCUGUUCUCUAUGCUAAACACAGAUAUUCCUCUUGUCGCUCAACAACCUGUUGGCACCAGCACCAGCGGCACCGGUGGCUCUUCUGGGGACGACGACUCAGGCUCUGGAGAUGAUGGUAGUGGAUCUGACGGCGGUGAUGAUGCUGGCGCAGGCAACAGCAACAGCGUCAACACUAGCUCUAUCGGCAUUGGUGUCGGAGCUGCCGCUGGAGCAGCUGCCUAUGCUGGAGUUAUGUUCUACGUUGCUCGCCGCUACAGGAAGCGCAAGCAACUUCACCAGCGUACCCCAUCUGUCUCUACUGCAUCGAUGAGUGAAGUUGGCACCGCAUCCGUGUUCGCUCCGGCAGCUCGCAUUUCGCACAACAGUGGUCGAAGCGGCCGUACUGCACAAAUUAGUGCUCCAGUCAUGUCAGAGAACUCUUUGGGAUGGAAUUAA